CAAACAAACAUCGCCUCACCUCAUUAAAGUCACCAUCUUCCUCGCACAAAUCCAUAGACAAAGAGCAUACCCCACCGUUUGCUAAACCCUCCAUCAUCUCUUCCUUCUCUUAAUUUCUACCAUUAAUAGUAGUAUUAUCUGCAUCGGUGUUUCUCUUUUGGUUUUCUUUUUCCCCUUCUUGGUAAUUGAAGCAGAUAGAGUAAGAUGCACGCCAAGACAGAUUCCGAGGUGACCAGCCUCGCUCCCUCAUCGCCGACGAGGUCUCCACGGCGUCCAGUUUACUACGUGCAGAGCCCGUCCAGGGACUCCCACGAUGGAGAGAAGACAGCCACUUCGUUUCACUCCACGCCGGUGCUUAGUCCCGUGGGAUCUCCCCCUCAUUCUCAUUCCUCCAUGGGUCGCCACUCCAGGGAGUCCUCGUCCAGCCGGUUUUCCGGCGCGCUUAAGUCUGGAUCCCGCAAGAUCUUGCCUAAUGAUUCGUCGGGACGGGGCGGGCAGCGCAAGGGAGGCAAGCAGUGUGAUGUGAUUGAGGAAGAGGGGCUUCUGGAAGAUGAAGAGCGUGAGAGGGGCCUUCCUCGUCGAUGUUAUUUCUUGAUAUUUAUCGUCGGGUUCAUUGUUCUCUUCUCUCUGUUUUCUUUGAUUCUCUGGGGUGCCAGUAAGCCACAGAAACCCAAGAUCAUGAUGCAGAGUAUAUCGUUUGAGCAAUUCAAGAUCCAGGCGGGUUCAGAUUUUAGCGGCGUCAGCACUGAUAUGAUCACAAUGAAUUCGACGGUGAAGUUGACCUAUCGAAACACCGGAACAUUCUUCGGAGUCCAUGUCACAGCUUCUCCUCUAGAUCUCUCGUAUUCUGAAAUCCCCCUAGGAUCAGGAACAAUGAAGAAAUUUUAUCAAUCCAGGAAGAGUCGAAGGUCAGUGACUGUAACAGUGAGUGGUGACAAGGUUCCUCUGUAUGGAAGUGGGGCAGGUCUGAGCAGUUCGACAGGGACGACGACACUUCCGGUGGCACUGACACUGAGCUUCACCGUCCGAUCAAGAGCUUAUGUCCUGGGCAAACUGGUUAAACCAAAUUUCAACAAGAAGAUCGAUUGCAACGUGACGUUUGAUCCAAAUAAGAUUAAUGUCGCAAUUUCACUCAAGAAGUCUUGCACAUACGAUUGAUCACUGAAGCAAAUCGUCGAACACAUGGAAGGCACCGUCUUUUCUCGGUUUUUCUUUCCUUUUUUUCUGUUGAGGUUGUAGGGAAGUGAGUUGGAAAGGAAAUGAAGUACAGCUCAGCGGGCAGCUUUCGAAGUUGUUAGGGCAGGUAGUGGGAAAUGGAAAACACGGAUGCGGACUUUUGAGGCUGCCCGAGUGCCCGGAGGUGAGAAUAUACGUGGACGUCGGUG